AUGUUGGCCAUAUUUCACAAGGCGUUUGCUCAUCCACCUGAAGAGCUAAAUAGCCCUGCAUCUCUCAAAAGUUCAAAGAAGCCUAAAUCACCCGAAGAAACUCUUCAAGAAUUCCUUUCUUCUCACCCUACUAACACUUUCUCUCUGAGUUUUGGGGAUGCUGCUGUUCUUGCUUAUGUCCGAGCUGAUCGCCAUUCUCUUUGUCAUCAGAACGAGAGGUUGUUUUGUGGGUAUGAUGAUAUAUACUGUGUUUUCAUGGGGAGUUUGAAUAAUUUAUGUGCACAGAUUAAACAGUAUGGAUUAGCAAGAAAUGCAAAUGAGGCCAUGCUCGUGAUUGAAGCUUAUAGAACACUUAGGGACCGUGGUCCUUACCCGGCUGACCAAGUUAUUAAGGAUCUUGAUGGAAGCUUUGCCUUUGUUGUCUAUGACAGCAAAGUUGGAACUGUUUUUACUGCACUGGGUUCUGAUGGAGGAGUUAAGUUGUACUGGGGCAUUGCUGCAGAUGGUUCUGUGGUGAUUUCUGAUGAUUUAGAGGUGAUCAAAGCGAGCUGUGCCAAAUCAUUUGCACCAUUUCCAGCAGGGUGCAUAUUCCACAGUGAGGGAGGAUUAAUGAGUUUUGAGCAUCCAAUGAAUAAGCUAAGGGCAAUGCCAAGGGUGGAUAGUGAAGGGGUGAUGUGUGGGUCUAAUUUCAAAGUUGAUCAUUAUGCUAGAGUUGAUAGCAUCCCCAGGGUUGGAAGUGAAGCCAAUUGGGCAGAAUGGAAUCCUCAUGAACCCUAA